AUGGCCACCCUUCACUACCUCCCCCCCGUCAAGCCCUCCGCGAUUGCCCUCGGCAUCGUCUUCAACCAAGUCUCCAGUGCUGCCGUCCUCGCUCCUCUGUUCGGUGACACCUACCACCGUGCCAAGGCCGCCGACAGCAAGGAGGAGUUCCUCAAGUCCAAGGAGGCUGCCACCGCUGCUGCCAGCUGGGGUUCUUCCAUUGUCGGUUCCGGAAUCCAGACCUAUGGUGUUGCCGCUCUCAUCAAUGCCACCGGUACUCUGAGCUACAAGGGCGCCGCCUAUCUUGGUAGCUUGAUCUUCUUCGCCUCUUACUCACCAUCGCUUGUCUCUGCCCUCGUCACUGAGAACCGACCUGUCGACACCGUCGCUGUUGGUGUUUUGUCACGACUCUUCGAAACCGUGGGCCUCAGCGUGUUCCUUACUUACUGGGGAACCCGCACCAACCCAUUCGACUAG